AGUGCCACACAGAAGGUGGACCUAGGCAGAAUGAAAAAUGCACAUAUUAGUUAUAGAAUCUGUGAACUCAAUGACACAGUUUACUCUCUAGAAUUACAUCAGGAACUUAAAAGAAAUGCAACCUGACCUUCCUACAAACAGCAAACUUGUCUCCUCCUCAGAGAAAGAAAAGGCACAGCUGUAAACUGAGGGCUGAAGUCACUUUUUCGUGCAAGCUGAAAACUGGUCAGAGUCAUAAGUAGCAGCAGAAACAGUCAAAGAAACCAAGCUUCUUUUCUUUUCUUAUCUGCUUCUGUCCUUUUUGCCCCCAGUUUUAAGGAAGAUUAAAGGAACCCUCCUCUUUAAAUAAUAAGUUACCUUAAUUUGGAGUUAACCAGGAAGGAAGCGUACAGCCUAAAAGACACUGGAGAAGGAACCUGAGAAGAUGUCAGUGGACUUUCACCUCAUAGGAGGAGAGCAAGUGACAGGAACACUUGCCCUCGCAGUGUUCACGGCUGUUCUGGGGUCAUUACAGUUUGGAUACAACAUCGGAGUCAUUAAUGCACCACAGGAGGUUAUUGAACAGAGUUAUAAUGCAACAUGGAUCCAAAGACAGGAGGGGAAUGCCAGCUCCAUUGAUCCCGUUACACUUACAACGCUGUGGUCUCUUUCAGUUGCCAUCUUCUCAAUUGGUGGCAUGAUCUCCUCCUUCUUAGUGGGAGUUGUCUCUGAAUGGCUUGGCAGGAAAAAAGCUAUGAUACUGAACAACAUAUUUGCCAUGAUUGGAGGAUGUCUGAUGUGCUUUUCCAAGCUUGGCCAGUCAUAUGAGAUGAUGAUUUUGGGGCGCUUCGUCAUUGGCAUUUUCUCAGGUUUUGCUUCUGGUUUGGUUCCUAUGUAUGUCGGUGAGAUUUCUCCAACUAGCUUGCGAGGUGCUCUGGGGACCCUCCAUCAACUUGCCAUUGUAACUGGAAUACUUAUUGCUCAGGUUUUGGGUCUAAAAGGACUACUUGGGUCAGAGAAUUUAUGGCCAGUCCUGCUUGGAAUAACCAUGCUGCCAGCCAUUCUACAGGUCGUCCUGCUGAUGUUCUGUCCAGAAAGCCCACGCUACCUAUUAAUCAUACUUAAUGAGGAGAAUAUGGCCAAAAAGUCCCUGAGAUGCUUUACAGGCAGAGAAGAUGUGUCAGAUGAACUAGCAGAGAUGAAGGAAGAGAAAAGGCAGAUGGAGAUGGUGAAAAAAGUAACGAUCCCAGAGCUUUUCCGAUCAAAGAUAUACCGUCAGCCAAUGAUAAUAGCCAUUGCCCUGCAGCUGUCUCAGCAGCUGUCUGGAAUCAAUGCAAUAUUUUACUACUCAACAAGCAUUUUUACAGAUGCUGGAAUCUCACAACCAGUUUAUGCAACCAUAGGAGCUGGAGUUGUCAACAUGGCUGCCACACUUAUAUCAGUGUUCCUUGUCGAGAAGGCAGGUAGACGAUCCUUGCACCUCACUGGCCUGGCUGGAAUGUGCUGCUGUGCCAUCCUAAUGACCACUGCACUAGCAUUGUUGGAAAAAGUGCCGUCAAUUAGCUAUCUCAGUCUCGUGGCCAUUUUUGGCUUUGUGGCUUUCUUUGAGAUUGGCCCAGGUCCAAUUCCAUGGUUCAUAGUAGCAGAAUUAUUCAGUCAGGGCCCAAGGCCAGCUGCUAUGGCAGUGGCUGGCUGCUGCAACUGGACAGCAAACUUCAUCAUUGGAAUGUGUUUCCAGUAUGUGGCGGAUAUAUGUGGUCCCUAUGUCUUCCUAAUAUUUGCUACCCUUCUACUAGCCUUCUUUGUUUUCACCUACCUCAAAGUUCCUGAAACAAGAGGGAAGACCUUUGAUCAGAUAGCAGCAACCUUCAGGGAGCGAACACAGUCUCUGCUCGAUAAUGAAAUGAAGCCAAGCACUGAACUAGAGUACCUGGGGUCUGAAGAUUAAUACCUGACCUGUGUGUAACACAGUGAUGACACACAGUGAUUACUGAUAAAGACACAGAUGUGCAAAUGCACAUGCACCCAAACUGAACAGAGCAAUAACCAGCACUUUAUAAAUGGAGGAGUAAGGGAAGAACUUGGAAAGUCAUUUGAAUUAAACUUUAGGUCAAUAUUUAUUAGUACAAUCUAUGUAAAAUGUUGAACAGUUUAUAAUUGUGAAGAUUAUAUGUUAGUUAAGUACCAAAGAGAGUUCAAGUUAUGAGUCUGCUGAAGAGGUCUGAAACUUUACACUCCAACUCAGAAGAAAGGCCAAAAGUGACAACUUGGUUGCAGAUUAGAAGGGCACAUGGCUUGGUAAACUGACAAAGAAGCAUCAUAUCCAUGUCUGCAAGCAAACUGUAAGAAAAAGACCCAACAGCAACAGAUAUAAAGGCUCAAGGAUUUAAACUGAUGUCUGUUUUAUACUUUCUGGGUUACUAACCCACAUCACCACCAUUACAUACUUAUUUCAAUGUAUUGUUAACACUACUAUAAGCAGAAUGGAAGGAGUGUAAAAGGAAAAAAGUUCAGUCCAGAUGCAGAACGCUCUAGUCCCCAAUUCCCAUCAUUUCUAGCACUUGUAAGUAUGCUUUUAGAAUGGACAAUGGAGGUGAAAGUUGGGAAUUCAUUAUAAUGAAUUGUAAGUAUUGCAACCAAAAGCAGUAGCUGUAUAUUGCAGUCAUCUAGAUUAUAGAUGUAAAAGGUAAGCUUAAAACAGUAAUUUAUCCUAGUUGCAAAAAGGUCUGGAUCAUUUUGAUAUCUGAUGGAUUGGUUUGCUCCUACAGUGGAACUAAUGAUUUGCACUCAAGCCCUUAGGAAAGCGCCUACAACCCUGAUGAACAUAAGACGAUUUCCAGGUCUCUUUCAUAAAACAAAUGGUUAUGCUAAUAAAUGCUAAAUAUAUGCAGAAAUUAGCCAUAAAUAUGUAUCUAAAAAUGAGUUGAUUCUGCAAAGAACUAAACCAGUAAUUUACCCUAGUAAUAAUAGCUUUUGGUCACAAUUUCUAGAUGAUUUAACUGUACCUACAGAAAAGGCUUUGAACUUUGUAAAACCAAAGGAGGUCAGUUAUGGCACUAAUUUACUCCAGGUGCAAUAAAUAGCUGUAUCUACACUAUCCUUGAAGUUACCUUCUUUAGCAAUGUCCAGGCAGCACAUUUUGCCACAGGGUUAUUUCAUAGUGUAGAACUCGUUUAAGGGUAUAACCACAUCUAAAGUAAAAUGUAGUAUAUGCAAUAUAGUAAGUAAUUAUGCAGUAAAGAGAUGGUGACAGCAAAGUCUGAGGAAUAUAUGAGUGCUUUGAACAUUUAACAAGAAGUGGAAUUCUUAUGGCAGAAAGAUUAUAAAUUGAUAAAGCUAGCCCGUUCCAUUGCAUUAAAUGAUAAUAGUCUGAGGUACUGCCUCUCUAUGAUUUGUUUCCUACAGCAUUUGGAGCCAGCAAGGGUGAGUAUAAAACAAUACUGCUAUAGUCUAAGAUGUAGCAAGGGAAUCUAAUAACCAAGGAAACACAUCCACAGUGUGUAAACUAAAGCCAUAAAAUACAUAGAGAUGACAUUAUAAUUAACUGGUUGAGGUGCCCCUUAAAAGUUGCUGCCUGAGGCUUGAAACCUACAAGCCAUCCUUUUUUUCACAGCUUUGCAUCUCCUAGGGAAGGAAAAAAACAUAACUGCAUGACAAGAGGCAUUGUACAUUACUAAAUAAUAGUAAGCCCUACCUCCAGCUUAAUAAAUAUAUAAACAGUAUUCUGAAUAAAGCAAUAAUUGGGAACUAAGGUAUCUAAAUAAAAACUAUCAACAAGAAAUAACAUUUUGAAUAAAGAAUAAGGAUGAGUAUGAAAACAGCAAAAUAAAUGCAGGCAGAUUUAGCUGAUGGCAUACUGUGUGGUCUUACACUCACAGAUUUGUGUUAUCAUGCCAUUUUUUUGCAGGAGUGAUACAAGAAAAGCAGUGUCUGCAUUAUAGCAGUCCUCUUGCCUUCUUUUAGUACCAGAAAAGGGAGAAGACUCAGUUGACAUCAAGAAUGCCAAAUAAAAUCAGCAACCAUUUUGCUAUAUGGUUACAACCUGUCCCUCUUUAUGCAGGACAGUCCCUAUAUUUCAGCAGUUGCUUCCUGAAGAAUAAAUACAAGAACAAUGGCACAUAUCCUUAGAUUAUAGGGGGAAAAAAUCUUUUAAUAGUUACAUAAAUAAUUAGCUUGCAUUGAAACACCUUAAUAUUAUAAGAAACAAAUUCCACAAGACUGAGCUUUAAUUUUGCCAAAAAGUCAAAUCCAGUCCUUUGCAUUGGUUGUAGGUAUGGCUUGUCUGGCAAAAUCUCAUGGUUUCAUUCAAAAUGUCUCAUUCUGGGCACUUGAAAAGGUGUCAGCUCUAUCUUAAAACAAGUGCCAAAAGGGAAUGAAUAAAUGUACACUCAGGAAUGUAGUGCAAUAACGUUUUAAUUUUGUGACAUAUGACUAUGCUGAAAAAAAGUGUAAUUUAGUCAAACUAAUUACAAAAUAUACUAGAGUCACAUGAUCAGCAUUAAUUAUAUCAGCCUGGACUGUAUGUUUGUAUAAUACAACAGACACAUUGUCAGCAUUUUGUCCGGGACACCACAAACAUUUUUAACCCUUUCUUUAACACAGUAGAUUUCACCACAAUGACAAUGAUUAUUUGCAUGGCAUUAACAACUGUAAAACUAGAUAUAGUGAGAAAAAUAACAUUGAUCAACUUGCAAAAUGCAAUAUUUUCUCAGUGGUGCAGUGACCUAAAAUUCAGUGUGAUUAUCAGACUAAUACAGAGUCAGUAAACUGUGUCAUUCUUAUGAUGGGGAUGAUUCAAUCUUAAAAGAGGAAGCAAACAAAAAAGAGGUUUGAAACUCCAUGAGCCUUCUGUAUGUUUUGGGUAGAAGUAGUUAGAAAUGGUAAUAGGGGCAUUUGACAAUGACUAGAUAACAGGCAUCAGGAACUGACUGUACGCAUUAGGCAAGUUUUAGUUCAAUAUUGUAUCUGAAAAAAUAAGUACAUAUUACUGUCGUUUCUGUUCUGCAUUUGUUUCUGUAGCAGUUUGAAUGUGCGAAACAAAACAAUCUUUUGUAUCCAUUGUAAAGGUUUUUUCUUGAUUAUAUUAUUUAUAUAAAGAGUGCCUACAACA